AUGACGAAGCCGAAGGACUUAUCAGCCUCCGAGAUCAACGCUGCAGAAAACAUCUGGUUUCGGUCGAUACAGAACGUUUCAUUCCCGUCAGAAAUAGAGUAUUUAUCAAGCAAGAGUCAAGGUUCGAUACCGAAUCGCGUACGUCAGUUUGGACUGUUUAUCGAUGAACAAGAGCUCCUUAGAUGCAAGGGAAGGAUUGACAAGGCAAAUAUACCACGAGAGAGUAAAAAUCCAAUGCUGCUUCCUGCAAAACAUCCUAUUAUCGAUCUAAUAGUUAGAGACGUGCACCAUCGAGUUAAGCAUAACGGUAUUAGGGACACAUUGACGACUACUCGAGAACGAUUCUGGAUCUUACGUGGUAGAGAAGUGGUCAAGCGAAUUCUCAAGAAAUGUGUCGUAUGUCGAAAGGCUGAAGGUACCCCGUAUGGAGUUCCACCUCUUCCCCAUCUUCCACCGUGUCGAGUUGCAGACGAUCCACCGUUCACUAACGUAGGACUUGACUUCGCAGGACCGUUACUUGUUCGACCAGAUAAGGAAGCUCAGUCAUCAAUCGAAUCCCUUUUGAAGGUUUAUGUACUGUUAUUUACUUGCGCCUCUACAAGGGGUGUACAUUUAGAACUUACACCAUCCCUGAGCGUCUCAUCAUUUCUACAAGCAUUCCGCAGGUUCGCCAGUCGAAGAGGUCUACCGUCGUUGCUGGUAUCCGAUAACGCCAAAACUUACAAAUCAGCGUCCAAGGAAAUCCGAAAUUUAAGUCGAGCACAGGAAGUUUGGCGCUACCUAUCUAAUAAUCGUAUAACGUGGCAAUUCAUUGUUGAGAAAGCCCCUUGGUGGGGCGGUUUCUGGGAACGUUUAGUUCGAAGCAUAAAGAGGCCCUUAAAGAAGGUAAUCGGAAGAGCAAGUCUAACGUAUGAAGAGCUGAGUACGCUUGUGGUGGAGAUCGAAGGGCUGAUCAACUCGCGACCACUAACUUAUGUUUUCGACGACGACGAAACCUGCACGUCACCCUUGUGUCCUUCACACCUGAUAUAUGGACGUCGUAUCACCACUAUGCCGAAUAGCCAACACUAUGAAGUUAUUAGCACGUAUCAAUCGUUAACGAAAAGAGCACGACACCACCGAAACCUAAUUCAGCAAUUUACGAAGCAGUGGAGAACUGAAUAUUUGUUGGGACUUCGUGAACAAUCUAGAGUUAUGGCAAGAAAUAACAAGACGGGUAAUAUUUCAAUCGGUGACAUUGUUAUUUUAAGGAACGAUAAAACGAGUCGCUGUUUUUGGAAGCUAGCCAAGGUUGAGCAACUUUUACAUGGAGAAGAUAACCUUGUUCGAGCAGCUGUUGUUAAAGUGUUAGGUGGCAAGAGUGACAAAGCGCAACUUCUCCGAAGAUCGAUUAGUCACCUGAUUCCAAUCGAAGUGAAGCAACCGCUUAGCGAGGUCAAGAAUAAAUCGGAAGCAACAAUUAGCGAACCGCCUGUAUCGUUAAAUACUCGUCCACGUCGUAUGGCGGCGGUCAUCGGAGAGCUUAAAAGAGCCGAACAACUGAAACAUAUCUGA